CGGCCUGUUCUUCCGAUUAUAAAGUUUGGCGGACUCCCCAUUUACUCCUUUUCCCCUCCCUCUCCGGCCUUUGCCUGACUUCUUCUCUAUCCAGAGGGGAUUCUCGUCCAUUGAGAUCUGAUCAAUUCCAGAAGACAGGGAAAGGGAUGCUCUCUUUUGUUCGCGUCUAGGGCUUUUCUUUUGUUGUUGUUCUUGUCUUGUUUCCUCUUUUCGAUGGGCGGAGGGGGAGGAGCAUUGACGUCAAUGGACGCUCUCGAUUCGUUCCUCUUCUCUCUUAGCAAUUCCUUUUGCACUCCCCUUGCGCUUUUCGUUCAGAUCCAGGGAUGUGUAAUCUGCCUAGUUCUUGCUUUUGGGUGGGCUUGUGCUGCUUAUGUCAGGAAUAGAGAGAUUAAACGUAUAAAGGGGAGAGUUCAAGCUGGCAAUAGCUUCGCUUUCAUUUGCAAUGACAUCAGUGAACUGGAGCACUCCAAUCAGGUCAAUCUACCAAGAGUGACAGUUAUUAUGCCUUUAAAAGGCUUUGGAGAACAUAAUUUACACAAUUGGAGAAGUCAGAUAACAUCCCUCUAUGGAGGUCCUUUAGAAUUUCUUUUCGUGGUGGAAAGUACAGAAGACCCUGCUUACAAUGCUGUAUUGCGGUUGCUAUCUGAUUAUAAGGAUGAUGUUGAUGCUAGUAUUCUUGUGGCUGGUCUAGCAACGACUUGCAGUCAGAAAAUUCACAAUCAGUUGGUUGGGGUGGAGAAAAUGCAUAAAAAUAGCAAAUAUGUGCUGUUUUUGGAUGAUGAUGUUAGGUUACAUCCUGGGACAAUAGGAGCCCUCACUGCUGAAAUGGAAAAAAAUCCUGAUAUAUUUAUCCAAACUGGUUACCCUCUUGAUUUACCUUCGGGGAGUUUAGGGAGUUACUGCAUCUAUGAAUAUCAUAUGCCUUGUUCAAUGGGCUUUGCUACUGGUGGAAAGACAUUUUUUCUUUGGGGAGGUUGCAUGAUGAUGCAUGCUGAUGAUUUUAGAUAUGACCGUUAUGGGGUGCUCUCUGGACUUCAAGAUGGUGGAUACUCGGAUGAUAUGACGCUAGCAGCCAUAGCUGGUGCUCAUAAGAGGCUUAUUACAUCACCUCCUGUCGCAAUUUUCCCUCAUCCUCUUGCUAGUGAUCUAAACUUGGGAAGGUAUUGGAAUUACUUGAGAAAACAAACUUUUGUUUUGGAAUCAUACACGUCACAUGUUAACAAGAUAAUGAACCGGGCACUAUUUACUUCUCACUGCUAUCUGUCAUGGGGGUUUGUGGCACCAUACUUUAUGUCUUUGAUUCACGUUCUCGCAGCACUACGGUUCUACAUUAAAGGGUACUCACUCGAGGAAACGUCUUUUAGUUCUGUGGGGAUGUUAAUGGUGUGCAGUCUUGCUAUGUGCACUGUUAUAGAACUCCUCUCAAUGUGGAACUUGACAAGGGUAGAAGUUCACUUAUGUAACAUUCUGUCCCCGGAGGCUCCCCAGCUCUCUCUUGCUUCCUACAACUGGGGCUUGGUAUUCAUUGCAAUCUUAGUGGAUAACUUUUUAUACACUAUUUCUGCAAUACGUUCUCAUUUUUCUCAAUCAAUCAACUGGUCGGGCAUCCGAUACUACUUGAAAGAUGGGAAGAUAAGCAAGAUUGAAAGAAGUAUACCGAAACUGGAUAUGGGUCCAAUUUACACAGACUUGGGAGGGAAACAUUUGUAUGGAAAGAAAGGAAUGGCUCCAAAAGUUUCAUUUCUGGGCUCCUUGGCGAAAAGUUUGGCACAAUGGCGUCAACCUAAGAAAUUUGAUAGCUAGGAUGGUUUUUCACAAGAACUGCUAAUUAUUUUGAUGAUGUGUUACCAUUCUGGGAUCUCAUGGGGGAGGGAGAGGGCCAUAGAGCAUUGGUGAAGAGUGGAUUGAGUAGUUCAGAUUCUCCAGGACAACUCUGCCACUCCAUUUGUUGAUUGAUCAUAGAGUUCUUCUAGGUACUUUUCAUUCUUUUCUUCAUUCUCAUUCCAUCAAUUUGAUUCUUCUGCACCAACCACCGUCUCGCCAGGGUUUGAUUGGGUGGGUAAUUGGCAGUGAUUUUUUUGCCCCAUGUGAUUCUUGUAAUUUUAAAUAUACCAUUGUAAACUCCCGCUGUGAAACAGCAACAUUGUGAUUUGCCGCCUUGUUUCAUAUUUGAAAUGAUGUAACUUUGGUAGUGAAAGCCUAGUGAUUAUUGUGGAUUACUUUCUCUGGAAGGAAAUUUGUUUUGCCUCCAUCCCUUGGGGAGGAUUUCUGAUA